UAAGCAUAUUCCAUACCAUUUAGAUUAUACUUGCAUCCAAACAACCUAUGACAUCCUCAGCUAUGGCAGCAUGCCAAUACAGUAAGUGUACUCAUCUACUUCCUUACUUGAACAUAACCAUGAUAUUUUUGUCUUUCAUGAUCCAUCACGCUGCUCCUUUGAACUUCAUAUUUCCUCAAUUUCUCAACAAGGAAGAUACUUUGAGAUUUGAAGGAGAUGUUCAUCCAGAGAAGGGAUUCCUCCAACUCACCCAACUCAAGUCUGAUAGUGUUGGCAGGGUUACAUAUUACAAACAGCUACAUGUUUGGGAUAGGGACUCAAGAAAACUCACGGACUUCACUUCCAAUUUCUCCUUCAUUAUUAAACAACCAAACAAAGACCAACGUGGAGAUGGAAUCACAUUCUUCCUUGCCAGCCCCAACUUUCCACUUCCUGUCCCACCAGAUGGGUCUGGUAUAGGCCUUGUGGGCCAAAAACAAAUGGCAGAUCCAAAUUUCAUAAAUGAGCAUCCAUUUGUAGCAGUGGAAUUCGACACCUUUGGGAAUGAUUUUGAUCCCCAAUAUGACCAUGUAGGUAUCGAUAAUAAAACUAUGAUGAGUCCUUACACUGCAGAAUGGUUUACUAUUAAGGAUGGGAGAGUAUAUGAUGCUCAAAUUAGCUACAAUUCUAGCACAUGCAAUUUAAGUAUCAUCUUUACAGGAUAUAAGGAUAAUGUCACAGUGAAACAACAUUACUCCCAAGUAGUAGAUUUAAGAGACGUCCUACCAGAGUGGGUUGAGUUUGGCUUCUCUUCAGCAACAGGAAUAUUAUAUGAGACACAUACACUUUGCUCGUGGUCUUUCGACUCGAGUUUGGACUUGGAAGUGCACAAGGAUGAAAGCAAGACCGGGAUGGUGAUAGGUUUAAGCAUUGGAGCAGUUGUUUUAAUAGUUGGUAUGGGAUUAGCUUGGAUUCUAAGGAUGAAAAAAAGAGGCAAGGAAGAUGACUUCGAUCUUACUAUGGACAGUGAUUUUGAAAGAGGGAGUGGACCUAAGAAGUUUUCCUAUGAUGAACUUGUUACAGCAACUAACAACUUUGGAAAUGAACAGAAGCUUGGAGAAGGGGGUUUUGGUGGAGUCUACAAAGGAUUUAUAAGAGGCUUAGGUGACUAUGUUGCAGUUAAAAGAGUGUCUCAAGGAUCUAGGCAGGGUGUGAAGGAGUAUGCCUCUGAAGUAAAGAUCAUUAGUCAAUUGAGGCACAGGAAUUUGGUGCAGCUCCUAGGAUGGUGCCAUAGGAAAAAUGAUCUCUUACUUAUCUAUGAGUUCAUGUCAAAUGGAAGCCUAGACUCCCAUUUGUUUGGAGGCAAAAGAAUCCUGACAUGGGCAGCAAGAUAUAACAUUGUUGGGGGCCUAGCCUCAGCAUUAUUGUACCUACAUGAAGAAUGGGAGCAAUGUGUGCUACAUAGGGACAUAAAAUCAAGCAAUGUUAUGUUGGAUUCAAAUUUUAAUGCAAAGCUUGGCGACUUUGGAUUAGCUAGAUUGGUGGAUCAUGGCAAAGCGUCACAAACAACAACUUUAGCUGGAACAAUGGGAUAUAUGGCUCCUGAAUCUGCCACCAGAGGUAAGGCUAGUAGAGAGUCGGAUGUAUACAGUUUUGGCGUUGUUGUUUUGGAGAUAACUUGUGGAAGAAAACCAAUUGAACUAAAAGCCAGUGAGGAACAAAUUAUUAUGGUAGAAUGGGUUUGGGAACUCUAUGGAAUGAGUAAUCUAAUAGAAGCAGCUGAUCCAAGAUUGUGUGGAGACUUUGAUGAACAAGAAAUGGAAAGGUUAAUGAUAGUUGGCCUAUGGUGUGUUUACCCGGAUUAUUGUUUGAGGCCUACAAUUAGAGAAGCAAUUCAUGUACUCAACUCUGAAGCUCCGUUGCCCACUCUCCCACCAAAGAUGCCUAAACCCACCUACAUUGUUCCUUCACUUACUGCGUAUUCAAACUCUACAUCAUCUAGUUCCAGUGCUUUUGGGCCUACUUAAACCGAGCUUUUAUCAAAAAACUCUUACACUAGCUCGUCAGAAUCCGAACCAUUUGCUGCACUUCGGCAUAAUAAUUGACAUGUAAUGUGCAUUUUAACAUGUAACCCUUUUUUAAGUAGAAAUUAUUGUUGUAGUUAUAUAAUCUCCAUCGAUAAAUCAUUUUUUAUAAGGUCCGUAUUAUUUUUCUGACUUCAUAAAUAACAUAAAUAAAAUAUUAUGUU